UAUGUAGAUAUUUACUGACUUUACAGUAAUUCUGUUUUCCUCAAAUCCAUUCUUUUGUUUUCACAGGAAGAAAAAAAAAAUGUCUCAAAAGCAGAUGAAGGAAGCUUUUGUCAGUAACCACAACGGAACCAGUGUGCUGGAAGUGACCCAGGGCUUGUGCUUUCCUGCAUUCUGUAUCCUGUGUAGAGGCCUUUUGAUCAUUUUCUCACAGCACUUGUGUUCUUUCUCACACAGCUGGAGCACAUGGUUCCUCAUGGACUUUGGUGUCCUCAUUUUCCCCAUGGUGAUCACUCUGACUAUAUUGUCUUCGUUUGUCCUCCUUGAGAAUCUCGUGGUAACUGUCUUUGGGGCAUGGCUCUUGUAUCAGAUAUACCAGAGGAGGACUUGCUAUGCCAAAGUGCCUGUCCAGAAAGUCUUUGCAAACUUCUUGAAAAUCAGCCUAGAAUCAGAGUACAACCCAGCCAUCACUGGUUACCGGGUCAUUAACAGUGUAUUUACUGCUGUUGCCAUUUUGGCUGUGGACUUCCCACUUUUCCCUAGAAGAUUUGCCAAAACUGAGCUUUAUGGGACAGGGGCCAUGGAUUAUGGAGUAGGUGGCUUUAUUUUUGGGGCUGCAAUGGUUUGUCCUGAGGUUAGAAGGAAAUAUGUAGAAGGGUCCAGAUUUAAUUAUCUUAGAAAAUCACUGUAUUCUGUCUGGCCACUAGUCUUCUUAGGAAUGGGACGGUUAGUCAUUAUAAAAUCCAUAGGGUAUCAGGAGCAUUUAACUGAGUAUGGAGUUCACUGGAACUUUUUCUUCACCAUCAUAGUUGUGAAAUUAAUAACAUCCCUUCUUUUGACUAUUUUUCCUUUAAAUAAGUCCUGGGUUGUGGCUAUCAGCAUUAUUGUGUUAUACCAACUCGCUCUUGAUUUUACUCCACUCAAGAAGAUAAUUUUGCACGGCACUGAUGGUAGUGGCACAAGAGUUGGUUUAUUAAAUGCCAACCGAGAAGGAAUAAUUUCCACCUUGGGGUAUGUGACAAUACACAUGGCUGGUGUGCAAACAGGGUUGUAUGUGCUUAAGAACAGAACACAUAUCAGAGACUGGAUAAAAGUUACUUGUUGUAUUCUCUUAGUGGCUGUUAGUUUCUUCAUUUCUCUUUAUAUAGUUCAAGUAAAUAUAGAAGCCGUAUCUCGAAGAAUGGCCAAUUUAGCCUUUUGUGUGUGGGUGGUUGCUUCUAGCCUGAUGCUUCUUAGCUGUCUUUUACUGAGUGAUAUAAUUUUGAGUUUUGCCAAAUUUCUAAUUAAAGGGGCUCUAGUACCAUGUUCUUGGAAACUUAUACAGUUGCCUGCUACAAAUAAAAAACAUUCCCAAUCUCUAAUCCUGGAAGCUGAAAAAAAAGAGCCCAGUUUUUGUUUAAUUAGAGCUCUGAACAGAAACCAGCUUUUUUUUUUCUUACUGUCAAAUAUAACAACUGGUUUGAUUAACCUGACAGUGGAUACAUUACAUAGUGGUGCCUCAUGGACAUUAAUUGUACUCAGUAUUUAUAUGUUUACCAACUGUUUAGUUAUAUAUGUACUUGAUAUACAAGUUAAAACCAUAAAGUUUUGGUGAUGAGUGGGGAGGCUAUAUAUAUAUAUAUGUGUGUGUGUGUGUGUGUGUGUAUUUGAACAGCAUUAUUUUAGUGGAGGAGAGUAAGUGAAGGAAAUGUCCUCUUAGCAAUCCAUCUAAUGAUAUUAUAAAGUUUCAAUCCUCUAUGACAGAAAUUAAAGGUUACUUUCUUUUUUGAGGAAGACUCUUGCCACAGUAUCUGGAUGUGUAAUACAUUUCAACAUGAUAUAAAACAGAAGUCUCAAAAGGCUUUAGUCUGAGAGCUUGGGAGACAGAGGCAGGCAGGUCUCUGUGGGCCUCUGAGUUUGAGGUCAGCCUGAUAUGCCUAUUGAGUUUCAGAACAGCCAGGGCUCUGUAGAGAGACCCUCAGGAGGCGAAAAAAAGUGAAACAAAAUCUUGUGACUUAUUGGAACUUACAAAAUGCCAGUAUUUUAAAGAACUUGUUCUCAGUAUUUCGCUUUGUCUGGAGCUCACUGUGGCAUUUGUACCUCAGCCUCAGCACUGGGGUUUCAGGCACAAGUCACCACAACCAACUUGGUAGUUUUGACACAGGAAGAUGUACUGUGAGAUUUUUUACUUUCUACAUGUCAUUAUGCCAUUGUAUUUGUGAUUUGUCUAUAAUAUAAUUGUCUGAUUAUAAUGUUUGUGUUACAUGAUGUUUACAUUGAUUUUUAUGAAUUGCCAUUUAAAAAUUUAUGUGUUUAUGUUUUGCCUGCAUGUAUGUUUAUCGUAAGUGUACAAUGCCCACAGAGGUCAGAAGAGGGGGUUAGAUACCUUAGGACUGGAAAUUUUCAAUACAGUUUUUUUUUUAAGUAGUGUUUUUAUGAGAUUUAUGUGUUUUCCCUGCUUGUGUGUAUGUGUAGUACAAGCAUACUUAGUGCUUGAAAGGAUUAGAAGAACCUUUGAUCUCCUGGAAACAAGUCAUGGAUGAUUGUAAAUAACCUUGGGGGCAUUGGGAAUCAAACCUGGGUCCUCUGCAGGAAUAAUAAGUGCUUUAACCAUUUGAUCCAUUUCUCCUGCUCUUUCAGUACCUCUUUUCUACUCAACUUUCAUCUUUUAAUAAAGUCUAGUACUAAACAAG